GAGUUAGUUAUACAUCCUGUUACCACGGUACCGUACCGCCUACACAAUUCAUACAUUGUGAACGGUGCCCACCUGCGCCAUCCGCGCAGCAACCUCAUUUCGCGAGCACGAGCCGCCCACAACGUCUUUCAUUUCGCAGGCUCCUGCAAAUUUCAAUGACAGCUAGCAAGCCGCCCUCCACAUAUACGCCAUGAGAGAUGAGGCUGUUUCCAUCCAGGAUGGCGGCCUUGUCGCUGCGGAAUCGUCCAACGGCGAGCUUUACCUUCUGCCCACCUCCUCAAACGAUCCCUCUGCUUCUGCUACCCCGAUAUCCAAACCAACAUCGUCGCGCGGAUGGCUGAGCGGCGUGCGUCGUCCAAGGACCUCACCAGGUCCCAAAGCAUCAGCAUUCAAGAGGUCGCUGGUGGCCGAAGAUGACCUCCGAAGGGACUCGGCCUUGGCAACUUUGACAUCAACUAGUAGCACCGACCAGACCGUCACCAACAAUGCGCCAUCGUCACCAACAUCACUCACGGAACCGACUUUCCUUCGCAAGACCCCGAGUCUCCCUGCCAUCGUCGUCCAGCAUGAGUCCGUCGCUCGGGCAAACUCUCGCAUUGAACAAUCACUCGGGGAGGAGGAACAGAGGGCAGAGCACAAAAGUACCUUUGAAGCCAUAGAUACUAUUAUUCCUACUGGCGGCUUCGACGAUCUCACGUCGCCGAGCCAGGUCUCGUUCUCAAAAAGGGGGAGCAUGCUGUUAGGCGGGAAGCGUGCAAAUAAAAUGAACCUACAGCUUGGUCUUGUUGAAGAAGGGGAGCCCACGAGCCCGACUGCUCCUCUCCCGGAAGACAAAGGAGAGGCAAUUGAGAAAAAGGCCGAGGAAAACAAUGGAGAGCAAUCGCAUGAGGAAGGAGGGGACCAAUUGCAGGUCCGCGAGAAGCAGGAACAACAACCAACGCAGACGCCGGAACAGAACGAUGCCACCCAGUCGUCUACCCCAUCCAACACAUAUCUAUCUCCUCGUACUCCGUCGCGCAUGUCCUCUCGAGCAAGGGCUAGUAACCGAAUACUGUCUGCUGAUGAGAUGAUGCUUUCGCGCAAAGUACGUCUAAUGUAUCGGCACGGCAAUGAAGGCGCUGCAGAGUGGAAUGAUCUGGAAGAAGAGGAGGAAGCAAGCGGGUAUCAGAGUGUUACGGAUAGCAGUGUGUCUGGUGCGCAUAUGAACGGUUCCACCCUUACAGUAGACCGGAGUCGAGGUGACGCCAGCUCAUUGCGCAGCUACAAACGGACAAGCAUAAUCGCGAAGGAAGCAAAAGAAACUGCCGGAGGCCUCGAAGACUGGACCAAUGUUGAAGGAGGCGAGGUUGACCGAUAUGGCUUCAUUGUACCCAGGAAAGUUUCGUCUCAGGGAUCGUCCAACGGAGUGGAUGACGGACCAGAGGAGCCCCGUAUACAGCGUGUUUCGACCGUAUUGCAACUUGUUUCCGAAGAACCCAGAAAACGAGGUCUCGGGCGUACCUUAUCGAAAGCUCGCUCUGCACGGUCAUUGAGACCUAGCACAGCGGCACCGAGGAGAAGGGGUUCACAAGAAUCGUCGAGACCUCAGGCGUCUAUUUUCUCCGGCCAGACCACUCGCACCAACCGUACGGCUUCGCAGAGACCGCUCAGGCAAGCCACAAACCGCCUGCCGCACAACAGGGACCGCCGAUUAAUGGACGAGGCUAGUGACAUGCUCAAACUACCUCCUGGACUCGCUGAGCUGGCCGAACAGGAGGAGGGUGGCAAGGCGGCUCAGGCCAUGAAGAUGAAGGAAAUUGAGCGCGAAGAGAAAUGGCGUAAGAUGGCUCACGUUGUGCAGUGCAAUGAUGCGAAGGGUGGAGGCAUGAUGUUUGAAUUCGAUGUUCGAGAUCCGAAAUUGAUUUCACGCACGUGGAAGGGCAUUCCAGACCGAUGGCGGUCGACAGCAUGGUAUGCCUUCCUUGCUGCGAGUGCAAAGGCAGAAAAGCACAGUCCUACAGAUGAAGAGUUGAUCGAGAGCUUCUACGAAUUGCAGGAAGAAGGGUCUGCCGAUGACAUGCAAAUUGAUGUAGACGUUCCUCGGACGAUCAAUAGACACAUUAUGUUCAGACGAAGAUAUCGUGGAGGACAGCGUCUGCUCUUCCGCGUCCUUCAUGCAAUGGCACUGUACCUGCCCGACACGGGAUAUGUGCAGGGCAUGGCUGCGCUCGCAGCCACGCUCCUCUGCUACUACGAAGAAGACAAGGCGUUUGUCAUGUUAGUACGACUCUGGAUGCUUCGAGGUCUGGAGAAGCUGUAUGAGGCUGGCUUCACUGGCUUGAUGGACGCCCUCGAGGAUUUCGAGAAGAAUUGGCUGCGAGGCGGAGACGUUGCAAAGAAGCUGGAAGAGCUGUGCAUCACCUCGACCGCUUACGGAACCCGGUGGUACUUGACCCUGUUCAACUAUUCGCUGCCCUUCCCGGCGCAAUUGCGCGUUUGGGAUGUGUUUAUGUUGUUGGGCGACGCCUCCAAUUCAAAAUCAUCAACCUCACAAUUUAGCGGAGACUUGGAUGUAUUGCAUGCAACAUCCGCAGCACUAAUCGAUGCAACGAGGGAGAUCCUGCUGGAUUCGGAUUUCGAGAACACAAUGAAGGUGUUGACCUCGUGGAUCCCCAUCAAAGAUGAAGACCUUCUGAUGAGGGUGGCGAAGGCGGAAUAUAAGAUGAGGAAGAAGCGAGCCAAUGCCUGAGGUAGGACAGGUGUCCGCCCUACAUUUCUCCUCAGCUUUCCCACGGUCAACCCCCCCACCACUCCCUCAUCUCAACUCGAAUAAGCAGCGGCAGGCGAGAGCAACGGAAAUCCAAUCGAGUCCAACGGGUCUAUGCUGCAACGGGUCACGAUGGGAAUCUGCUUCUUUUUUUUUCACUGGGCCGCGACUCCAUAACGAACUUCCGAAAAAGCAUUAUCCCUGGGCCUGGUUGGGGGGGGUUCCCUUUCAUGUGCCACUGUGUAAAUCCCCGCGCAUCGGUGGCUUGAACGGUCGUCGCGUGCCA